AUGGCACUAGCGGCAUUGGUCACAGAUCCUGUGACGCCGCUGCGCAGGGAGCAGCAGGCUGGGGCCACAGACGUGUGGGAAGACAGGGAGACACUGGCGUGGCUGAAAGGAGAGACCGCGGAGGGAGCAACAGUCUCAGCAAGGGCCCGUAGCAGAGGGCAGCACUACCGCUGGUACCAGGACCAGGUGCAGAUAAGGACGCAGGAUGGCUGGAAGCGGGUGCCAGAGCCGAAGGAGAGGGAAGGCGUGAUAAGGGAGGUGCAUAAUCGGCUGGGGCACUUCGGCCCGCUUCGCACACAGCAGCUUCUGCAGACAGGAUGGUGGUGGGCUGGGAUGCGGAAGGAGGUGAAGGACUGGGUGGCCAAGUGUCCAGCAUGCAUCAGGAAUCGAGCAGCAUUCGAGAGAAGCAAGGCUGAGCUGCAGCCUCUGCCCAUCGUGGGGCUGGGGUAUCGGUGGUCGCUGGACCUGGCGGGCGAGCUACCGUUGACCAAGCGAGGGCGGCGCUAUGUGGUGGUGAUGAUAGAGCACGUGAGUAAGUGGGUGGAAGUGAGAGCAGUCAGCCACAAGACUGCUGAGGCUGUGGCUGACGCCUUUGAAGAACAGGUGCUGACGCGGUUUGGAGCGUGUGGGGAGGUGCUGACAGACCAAGGCACCGAAUUCCAAGGGGAGUUUGAGGAGCUGCUAUCCUCGUGUUUGAUUCCCCACCGCACAACGUCCAGGUAUCACCCGCAGAGCGAUGGGCUGACGGAGCGCAUCAUUCAGACCCUGAAGCGAGGACUGCGAGCGUAUGGGGAGACCAGGAAGAGGGACUGGGACAGGCAGCUGCAUUGGAUAAUGGCGGGGUACAGGUUCAGCAAGCAAGCGGCGCUCCGAGACCUGUCCCCCUAUCAUCUCCUCUUUGGCAGGGAAGCGGUACUGCCGGUGGGAGCACCACGAGUCUUAACUGAUGUGGUUACUGCAGGGACGGCUGAGAAGUGGGCGGCAUUGGCAGCUGUGAGGGGGGAGUACCUGAGGCGACUGUUGCCAGCGGCGCUGGAGAGUCUGCAUGUGGCCCAGCUGAGGGACAUCCACCGCUACAGGCAGCGGCAGGAGCAAAGGGCGGGGGGAGCGCCAGCAGCGCUACAGCAAGGGCAGGAAGUGUAUAUUCGUCGCCCCAAAAAGGAUGGGUUGGAUGUGGGAUUGUCUCAGCAGCGGUGGACUCUGAAGGAGGUGAGGGAGUCAGGGGUACUGGUUCUGGAAAGUGAAGCAGGAGUGCGAGCCGUGGAUCACAUCACUAAUGUGGCACGAGCAGGAGGAUAUCGAGGUCCCGUGACCAGGGCGAGGGCGGCCAAGGGUCACGGGAGGGGGCAAGAGGUUAUCACAAGCCAGAAGCAGUAA